AUGGAGGAGGCAAGGACAACUGGCCCGUUUCAGAAACAAGACUCAAGAAUAUUGUUGGAAGUGAUGGUGAAAAUAAAGAAGAAAAAGAGAGGACCAAUCAACGAGCAAUUGAUAGUUGUUGAAGACCACGCCCCUUUCCAUUGGUUACCGAUGUUUAAAGAAAUCUUAACCCAGUUUUGUCAGGUGACGCGUGUUCGAAACCAAAUGAUUGUUGGUUAUUAUGCAUGUGCAAAACAUUGGAGCUGUGAAAGAGAAACGCCGGNGGCCGUGGCCGAAGGUCCCGCNNCGAAAACUACCGGGAAAAUGGGAAGAAAAACCCGUAUAAUAUCAAUAUCUUCAGGUUACGGCAUUAGUCGUUGUGGGACCUUCGGCCAUGGCCACCGGCGUUUCUCUACCACAAAUAAGAGUACUUCCUCUAACGAAUUCUUCCACAGAAAUAGUGUAUUUCUUUUUUUCUUCUGCGGGCAUAAUAAAAGUGAAAUGAGAUCAAAAGAAAUGUUUCACACAUUUUUACAUAAAAAACAAGUAUCGAGACAAAAAGAUGACGACUGGAUCCAGUGGAUUCUCAUUGUAAACAAUCAUAUUUUUGGCGGAACCUGUCAUCAUAAACGUCAAUCUUUUCACCAGGCAAAACGAAAAAGAAGCUAA